AUGGCUGAUAGAAGAAAACUACAAGGUGAAAUAGACCGUUGUUUAAAAAAGGUAACAGAAGGUGUUGAAACGUUCGAUGACAUCUGGAAGAAGGUUCAUGGGGCGAGCAACACGAAUCAGAAGGAGAAGUAUGAGGCAGAUCUCAAAAAAGAAAUCAAGAAGUUGCAACGGUUGCGAGACCAAAUCAAGACAUGGCUGUCCUCGUCCGAAAUCAAGGACAAGCGGCAGCUACAGGACACGCGGAAGUUGAUAGAGACGCAAAUGGAGCGAUUUAAAGUCGUGGAGCGAGAAACAAAAACAAAAGCGUACUCGAAAGAAGGUCUCAGCGGUGGUGUUCAAAAAAUCGAUCCUGCCCAAAAAGAAAAAGAUGAAAUGAAUCAAUGGCUAGCCAACUGCAUCGACUCUCUGAACAUACAGGUCGAUCAGUUCGAAUGCGAGAUGGAGAGCAUGUCGGUGACAACGAAAAAAGGCAAAAACGUCUCAGCCAAAGACGCCAGUCGAGUCGAAGAAUUGAAAGCUCACGUCGAGAAGCACCGCUUCCACAUCAAUAAAUUGGAAACACUAAUGAGAAUGUUGGACAAUGGGACAAUCGAAGUUGACAAGAUCCGGAGUGUGCAGGAAGAUGUGAACUUCUACCUAGAAUCGUGCUUGGAGCCCGACUUCGAGGAAAACGAGUAUCUCUACGACGACCUCGACUUGGACGAGAGUUGCGCUCCGCUCGGCGUUGGUGAGACCAAGUCGACAUCCCAAAGCAACGCAACGUCAGAGCACGGUUCUGAUUCUCCGCACAACGAACUUUCGACACCCCAUACGCCUCAGAGUGUCAGUCACACUCCUCAUCCGGGACAAGCGACGACCGUCCAGACACCGAACGCGUCUCAGACAGCGACCAGUCUGACGAACGCCACGUCUCAGUUGAAUAACCACCAUUCCAAUGCGAAGAACGACACUCCCAGUCAAGCAGGAACACCCAACAACUUGACGACGAGCUCUCCAACAUCCACCCCCGUCCUUGAGAUCAAGCAAUCGGUCAACAUCCAGGCACCGUCAACGCCCGUCGUUAAACCCGUCGCCGUUCGACCUGUCGGGUCGACGAAAAGUCCGCAGGCGUCGGGCGCGUCAUCACCAGCGCCCGGUCUUCAUAAUGAAGCAUCGAAGAUUGCGUACAGUUCGGUUGUAGCGACGCCCGCCCCGGUGACACCACAACAGCAGCAGCAGCAGCAACCUAUUGCCCUGCAACAACAAGCUCAACAACAAGCGGCGCAGACCCAGCAGCAGCAGCCUCCCCAACCGCAGCAGCAGCAACCUCAGCAAAUUCUGCAGCCGCCUGUGCAGUUGAACGGAGUUGUAUCCCCGAGUCCGAAUCAAACCCAGUCACAGCAGAUGCAAGUUGUCAAUGGACCUCCCCAACAUACGAGUAGUCCGACAAAGCAACCGCAAACUGACGGUCACGUAUUAAGCAACAAUGUGGAUGGAUCUCCAGUUAUGAUGAUAAUGAAUUCGCUUAAUCAAGCCGACUUGGUUCCUCAAACAACAGCACCGAUUACGAACGGAGUUUGUGAAGUAGAGACGCCGCAGAAGCAUGUCACGGCGCCGCAGCUGCAACAGCAACAGCAGCAGCAGCAACAACAACGGGAGCAGCAGCAGCAACAGCUGCACCAGCAGCAGCAGCAACAAGUACAACAACAACGGCAGUUGCAGCAGCAGCAGCUACAACAGUUACAACAGCAAGGUUCACAAGGAACGUCGCAAAGCCAGCAGAUGCCCGUUAGCGAUGAUCAAAUGAUGCCGCAGGAUGCUCACAUCCCGGCCGUGUUAGGCGUCGCUCCCCUCGGCAAAUCGACGAUGCCCAAAGAGUGUUAUUACCAACUUCAUCAUCUGAAUUGGGCCUCGCAACACAUGCCGCACCCGUCAGACAGCGAUCGUCUCCGAAACUACCUCAUGCGGCAGCCUUGCUCAACACCGCCCUACUAUCCGCUCACGCCACCUUUAGACCCGGCAGAGAUGUUCCAGAGGCUCGCAACUGAAACCCUUUUCUUCAUCUUCUACUACAUGGAAGGCACAAAGGCCCAGUAUUUGGCUGCGAAAGCCCUGAAAAAGCAAUCAUGGAGAUUCCAUACAAAAUUCAUGAUGUGGUUUCAGCGGCACGAGGAGCCGAAAACAAUUACCGAGGACUUCGAACAGGGGACUUACAUCUACUUCGAUUAUGAGCGAUGGAGUCAACGGCGAAAAGAGGGGUUCACCUUUGAGUACCGAUUUCUCGAGGAUCGGGAUCUCAAUUAGAAGAAGCUCAGUGCACUCAGACUGUGCUAUGUCUUCAUUUCUCUCUCUCACAUCGUGAGAUCUCUGCGAAGUUCUCCUCUAGAGGAAGGACUUCCAAAUUUUCUUUGCUUAUAAACGACUGAAGUGGUGAAGAACGGAAUCAACCUCAACAAAAAUUGAAUCCUUGAGUCGACUCAAG